AUGUUACCUGAAAAUUUAAAAGAAUUUGGAGAAACUUUAAUUUCUAUUAUAUGUCUUAGUUCAAAUAUUUAUUUUUGGUGGAAAGAUGAUGGUUAUUUUAAUGACUUAACUGAAUUAAAUCCAUUAGUUCAUACAUGGAGUUUAGCUGUAGAAGAACAAUUUUAUUUUAUCUUUCCAAUAUUAUGUUAUUUAUUUCUUCGAAAAAAAUUUUAUUUAAUUAUUCUUUUGAUUUGUUCAGCAGUAGUGAGUUUAUUUCUUAGUCAAUGGGGUGGCAAUUUUCAAUAUAUGUUAAUUAAAGAAUUUCAAAUGUUUUCUCAAUAUCGUUAUGCAUCAUUUUAUUUACCUAUAGGACGUAUUUGGGAAUUAUUAUUUGGUGCUUUUAUUGCAUUUUAUUUACAAGAUAAUGAUACAAACAAGGGUGGUGGCUUAGCAUUAAUAAAAUUCUCUCGCAAAUCAAAUGAAUUAUUUUCCUUGUUUGGUCUUCUACUGAUCGUCAUUUCUGUAUUAUUUUUUGAUAAUCAUAAUAUUCCUCCGUUUCCAAAUUGUUAUACAUUAAUUCCAACAUGUGGAGCAACAUUAAUAAUUCUUUUUGCAAAUAAAAAUACAUUAGUUGGAUAUGUAUUAAGUACACGUCCAUUACGAUGGAUUGGUCUUUUAUCAUAUAGUGCUUAUCUUUGGCAUCAACCAUUACUUGCAUUUACUCGUUUACAAUCAAAUCAAACAUUAAAUAUUAUUAUCGUGGUUAGUUCUAUUUUUCCACUUAGUAUAUUCAGUUAUUUCUUUAUUGAACAACCAUUUCGGAAUAAAAAAUAUUUUAGUCGACAGAAAAUAUUUUUGAUGUCUGGUUUAGCUUUUGUGAUAACUUUGUUUAUUGCCAUAUUUUUAAUUCAAACUGCAAAUAAUCGAUCAAUGAUAGUGAAUAAAAGCAAUGAUACGUAUUUAUCGGAUUUAAAAAAAUAUGAUAAUUGGCAAUAUGUUGUACGAAAUUUUAAUGCUUUAGAACGGAAAAGUAAAACAUUUUCAAAUCGAACAAUAACAUUAAAUAAAAGAGUUGUACUUAUUGGUGAUAGUUUUGCUCAAGAUUUUUAUAAUGUUAUUAUAGAAGGAAAACAUUUAAUUGAUUAUGAAAUUCGAGUUGCUUUUGUUUAUUCACGUUGUCAAAUUUAUCUUGGUUUAGAAGAUCGAAGAAAAUUUAUUGAAGUUAAACAUAGACAAACAUGUACAAAUGCAAAUGAUAUUAAAUAUGCUUUACCUUUAAUUCGAGUAAUUAAACAAUAUCAAUAUCCAAGAAUUGAAAUUGUUAAUGUUAAUAAUUUAUUAGAAAAAAGUCUAGAUAAAUCAAUAUUUGUUAAUAUUAUUGAAAUGAUUUGUAAUGGAUUUAAUAAGACGUGUCCACUUUUUACUCGUGAUGGUAAAUUAAUAUCACAUGAUGGAGCACAUUUGACUAAAUAUGGUGCUCGUUAUGUUGGAGAUAUUAUUUCUAAAAAUGAACCUUUGAAUAAAGUCUAG